AUGGAUUCAGCGGGGCAAAGGGCUUUGGCCAGUCGCAGAGAGCAGUUCAAGAACUUUGCUGCCACCACCGGGGCUAAAGCUGGAGAUCGCAGAAAGCAGCAAGCGGUGACAGUUGGGAAGGACAGGAGGGAGGCCAUGGUCCGUGCAAAGAGAAUCCGGAGAGACAUGGAUGAUGGCCUGGCGCGAGGGGAGAUGCAAGGGGAGCAGGCAGAUGAAGCGGCGCUGGCCACAAGUGUGAAGGAGGCAGUGGAGGCCCUCCGGGCAUCCAAGGGAAAGGACGGCGCAUUAGUUGCGCUGCGCCAGCUGCGCAAACUCCUGUCGGUUGGGCAGUAUCCACCGGUGGACGUGGCAGUGGCUGCCGGGGCUGUUCCCCUCCUGGGGGAGGCGCUGCAGUUUGGGGUCAGUGGUCCGGAGCAGCUGCUGGAGGCGGCCUGGUGCCUGACCAACAUCGCCAGUGGAGACACGGACCAGGCCACGGCCGUGCUGCCAACGGCUCCGCUCCUCAUCGCUCACCUGCAAGGGCGGGCCCUCGACGUGGCGGAGCAGUUUGCGUGGGCGCUGGGCAAUCUUGCGGGGGAGGGCCAGGAGCUGCGGGACGUGCUGCUGGCCAAUGGGGCGCUGGGGCCACUCUCUGCGCGAGUGGCGGAAACAGAGCGACCGGGGUCAACCCUUAAACAGACGGCCGCGUGGGCACUCUCAAAUCUCCUGAAGGGCCCCAGCCAGAAAGCCGCGUCGGAGGCCAUCAAGAACGGCCCACUCAUCAACGCUUUAGUGGCGGGCUUGGAUGGCGGCAGCCCCGCCCUAGUUACGGAGGUCGCGUGGAUCCUGACGUACCUGGCCGCGGGGCCCGAGGCGCACGCCGACCGGCUGAUCAAGCUGGGCGCGCUGCCGCCGCUCGUGCGGCACCUGGUGACAGCCACCGAGAAGCACGUGGUGAUUCCCGUUCUGCGCGCGGUGGGGAACGUGGUCAGUGGGCAGGACAGCAAGACGGACGCCGUGUUUGUCGCGGCGCCGGGGGGGGCAGGUUCGGUCGUGGCCGCGCUGUGCCGGUGCUUGCAGAGCGGCGAGCGCACGCUGCAGAAGGAGGCCGCGUGGGCGGUGGCCAACAUCGCGGGGGGCACGCUGCAGCACAAGCAGGCCGUCGCCACUCCUGACGUCAUCGCGGCCGCCGCGCGCCUGCUGCAGGAGGCCGCCUUCGACGUCAAGAAGGAGGCGGGCUUUGCGCUCGCAAACAUGUGUGCUGCUCCUGGAGGUGGUGGCGCAGUAGUGCUGAGUCAUCUGGAGGCCGUGGUGCGGGCCGGUUGCUUGCCCGGCUUCCUGGCCCUCGUGAGGUCCCCGGACCAGGAGGCCGCGCGUCUCGGCGUCCAGUUCGCAGAAGUCGUUUUGCGGGCGCUGCCAAACGGGAGAGGCGUGAAGCUAGUCGAAGAAGCGGACGGGAUAGACGCGCUCGAGUCGCUGCAGUAUCACGGAAACGACGAGCUUAGAAACAUGGCCAACAGCCUUGUAGAUAGAUACUACGGAGAAGAGUACGGGAUGGAAGAAGAAGGGCUUGAAGAGGGUUCAAAGGCGGUCCAGCAGGAUUUGCCAGCUUGGCGGAACCCAGGUGGCAUGCGGACGUAG